AUGAUGUCAACGCAGUUCCCAUCGCUCAAGCGGGCCCAGACGGACCUUCCCCCGGAGUCCACAAGCCCAUUACGACACGGGUCGACAGCAUCCACGAACUCGUCUGCAUAUUCCGUCGCGUCAAGCUCGUUUGUUCCUAGCCGGACCAGCACCGUAUCAUCCAAUGCGUCGAUACCAAACAGUCUGGGGCACUUCCGAGGGAAGAGCGAGGCAAGCAGUAUAAGCUCAACAGCGACUGUCACGGACACUAUGGAACGAGGCAAUUGGUCGAAUGCUGGAACAGCGUACGACAACAUCCGACGAUCUCUACGACCUCUUCAACAAGCACCCAAUGUCCCAUCCCCAACCGUGAACACUGGGGCCUACCGACAUUCACGAAGCCAAACAAUCGAUCAACCGAACCCUUGGAAGGAAUAUCGACCAAGCACUCCUGAGUCGCGCAAUCUCCAACUCAAAGAGAAUCAGUCUCCGCGUUACAAAACUCCAACCUACGAACCCCAGACCCCGCCACCAGCCACGUCUCCUCAUCACUGGUCCCCUGUGCCUGGAACGUCGCGAUCUUCGUCCCCACAAAAGACAAUUGCUCAUGCUCCACAAUUGACUGCUGCGCUGUCCGCGCCCGAGCUUGAAACGUUCCAAAAAUCAUCGACGGGUCAUCUCAGAACUCUCUCAAGGUUUGCACAAUCCGGCGAGAGUGAAUUUGGAGCAGCUGCCGCUUCUGUGGUGGGUCUACAAGGCCGACGACGCCUGAAGCGGGCGGACUCAGCAGCCGGAAGAAAUGGCGCAAAAUCCCCCGAGAAGCCGAAGCCCUCCUCAUGGGCAGCUGGGAAUUGGAUGGACCAGCAGCGACAAUUCAUUCAAGCGUAUGAGUAUCUCUGCCACAUCGGAGAAGCCAAACAGUGGAUCGAAGAUGUUAUUCAAAAACAGAUCCCGCCAAUUGUUCAGCUAGAGGAAGCACUAAGAGAUGGUGUGACUCUGGCAGAGGUGGUGCAAGCAAUGUAUACGGGCAAAACCCUUCGAAUUUUCCGACACCCCAAGCUACAAUAUCGCCAUUCUGACAAUAUCGCCUUGUUUUUCAGAUUCCUCGAUGAGAUUGAGCUGCCCGAGUUGUUUCGAUUCGAACUAAUCGAUCUGUAUGAGAAGAAAAACCUGCCCAAAGUCAUACACUGUAUCCACGCAUUAUCAUGGCUGCUCUUCAAAAAUGGCAUGUUGGACUUCCGCAUGGGAAACUUGGUUGGUCAGCUUGAGUUCGAACACCAUGAGCUAGAGAAAACCCAAAAGGGACUAGAUAAGUCUGGUGUCAGCAUGCCUAGCUUUGCGGGCAUGGCUGCAAACUUUGGCGCGGAGCCUGAGCCCGAGCCCGAACCAGUUGAGUCAGAGGAGGAUCGUAUUGAUCGAGAACUGCACGAAAACGAAACUUCGAUCUGUGAUUUCCAGGCUCAGAUUAGAGGCGCUAUGAUGCGCUUACAGCUUAGCAACACGAUGAAUGACUUGUGGGACUUUGAACCUCUUCUAAUUGAGCUACAGUCACGCUUGCGUGGAGACUGGGCACGGCAGAUCAGUGAUUACCGGCUAAGCAUGCUUCAGUUUUCAGUUGGGCUGCAGGCCAUCAGCCGAGGCUUCAUUGUACGUCGCCGUCAACAAAACGACAAGCAAUGGCAACAAGCACAAGAGACAGAUGUUUUGAAUUUCCAGAGUCUGAUUCGGGGAUCCAGGGCACGCAUCGAGGCUAGUCGUCUACAAACUCGCGCACGACGAGAAGAGUCCGGCGUCAAGCAUAUUCAGGCCGCGAUCAGAGGUGCUUUGCAGCGGAUGAAUGUUGGAGAUCAAUACAAACAGACCCGACAGCCUGAAAAUGAUGUAACAUCACUCCAAGCAGUCAUUCGUGGCGCAUUGCAACGCAUGCAUGUUGGUCAUCAAUACGAACAGACCCGACAGGCUGAAAGUGAUAUAACAUCACUCCAAGCCAUCAUUCGUGGCGCAUUGCAACGCAUGGAUGCUGGCCAUCAAUAUGAACAGACUCGUGAGGCCGAAAGUGAUGUUAUAUCACUCCAAGCAUUCAUUCGUGGCGCAUUGCAACGCAUGCAUGUUGGUCAUCAAUAUGAACAAACUCGUGAGGCCGAAGGGGCUGUGACAUCACUCCAAGCAAUCAUUCGUGGCGCAUUGCAACGCAUGCAUGUUGGCCAUCAAUAUGAACAAACCCGUGAGGCCCAAAGUGAUAUAACCACACUCCAAGCAAUCAUUCGUGGCGCAUUGCAACGCAUGCAUGUUGGUCAUCAAUAUGAACAGACUCGUGAGGCCGAAGGUGCUGUGACAUCACUCCAAGCAAUCAUUCGUGGCGCAUUGCAACGCAUGCAUGUUGGCCAUCAAUAUGAACAAACUCGUGAGGCCGAAAGUGAUAUCAUAUCACUCCAAGCAAUCAUUCGAGGUGCCUUGCAACGUAAGCAAAUGGAAACUCACUCUCAAGAAGUGAAGCAAGUUGGCAGUAGUAUCAAGUCGCUUCAAGCUGCCAUCCGCGGUACCUUGCAAAGGAGGAAGAUGAAUGCCCACUCUCACGAGGUGAAGCAAAUUGACAGCACCGUCAAUCCACUCCAGGCUGUCAUCCGAGGAUCGCUUGCCCGUCAGAAUUUGUCCCACAUGAAGGCUCUACUAACAAAUGAGUCCUCGCAAAUCACCCACAUUCAAUCGAUUGUCAGAGCAUUGAUUGCCAGAGAACGUCAAACUUUGUUAUUGCAAGCGCUGGAAGAAACCGAAGACGAGUGUGCUGCACUGCAAGCGAUAGCACGCGCCGGUGCUGUGAGGAAGAACACGUCGGCCAUUCGUACCGAGCUUGCGGCGCAUCUCUUGCCAGUGAUAAACCUCCAGGGACUUCUUAGGGCACAAGCUUUGAGAGCCUCGUUGGAAGCCCAGAGGACUGCAUUGUUCAACGAAGAACCCGCCAUCUUGGAACUACAGUCUCAAUCACGCGGCUUCAUUCACAGGCAACAUCUCCUUGAGCAACAAAAUGAACUGGAGCAGGAAGAAUAUGCCAUUGUUGAUUUGCAAGGCCUCGCCCGUGCCGCUAUCUCGCGGAUGGAGGUGGGUGGUAUAUUGUCUCACCUUGAGGAGAACGAGGAAGAAGUUGUUCAGCUUCAAUCUUUAGCCCGGGCAAUGCUUGUGCGAGUUGAAGUUGGCGAGAUGCUGAGUGAUCUCGAAGUUGAGGAGGACUUCGUUACAGACUUACAAGCACGCAUGAGAGGACUCAUUAUCCAGAACCGAUUUGAAGAAAGACGACAACAUUAUAACGAGAACAUGGAGAAGGUUAUCAAGGCUCAGAGUGUUAUCCGAGCCCGGAUUCAAGGCCAAGCUUAUAAGAGCCUGACAAGUGGAAAGAACCCACCUGUUGGGACCGUCAAAGGCUUUGUGCACCUUCUCAACGAUAGUGAUUUCGAUUUUGAUGAAGAGAUCGAAUUUGAGCGUUUGCGAAAAGUGGUUGUUCAGCAAGUUCGACAGAAUGAGCUUGCUGAGCAAUACAUCAGUCAACUUGACAUCAAGAUUGCUCUCCUUGUCAAGAACAAGAUCACUCUGGAUGAAGUUGUCAAGCAUCAAAAGCACUUCGGUGGGAACAUUGGCAACUUGCUAUCCAACACUGAAAUUUCUUCCAAGGAUCCUUACGACCUCAAAGCGCUUAACAAGACCUCAAGGAGGAAGCUGGACCAAUAUCAGGUCUUUUUCUUCCUUCUUCAAACUCAAUCACAAUACCUUGCCCGAUUAUUCCGGCGAUUGCGCGAGGUCAACACCUCAGACAAGGAAUAUGAGCGGAUCCGGCACUUGAUGAUGGGUCUCUUUGGAUAUUCUCAGAAACGACGUGAGGAGUAUUACCUCAUCAAACUCAUUGCGAGAUCAGUCAAAGAGGACAUUGAAAGCUUCAGAUCUCUUCCCGAAUAUCUGCGCUGUACAUCCUUCUGGAACAAGCUUUUCGCGUCAUAUGCAAAGUCACCACGCGAUCGAAAGUUUAUGCGCGACGUCUUAGGGGCUGUCGUCAAGGAGGCUGUUGUCGAAAAUCCAGAUCUUGAUUUGGAGAGCGACCCGAUUCAAAUUUACCGUUCCGCAAUCAACAACGAGGAGCUCCAGACCGGCCAACGAAGCCGCCGACAACCGGACCUCCCCAGAGAGGAGGCGAUCAGAGACCCUGAGACUAGAGAGACAUUUAUCAAACACCUCCAAGAUCUCAGAGACAUCGUUGAUCAGUUAUUCUUGGGCUUUGAAGAUCUCCUGUAUCGCAUGCCCUUUGGUAUUAGAUAUCUUGCCCAGCAGAUGUACCAAAAUCUACUGGAAAAGUUUUCCGGCGAGGACCAAGGAUUUAUUCUUCAAACAGUCGGCCAUUGGGUAUGGAAAAAUUACUUCCAGCCUGCUGUGCUGGAGCCAGAGAAGUAUGGUGUCAUCGACAGGGCUCUUACCCAGGAACAAAAGCGCAACCUCGGAGAAAUUUCCAAGGUUGUGGCUCAAAUAGCUUCUGGAAGGCUGUUCGGCGCUGAGAACGUCUAUCUCCAACCCCUAAAUAGCUAUAUCGCGGAGUCGAUCCAGCGUUUAGGGCGCAUAUGGGGCCAGAUGAUCUCUGUCCAAGCUGCAGAGUCUUAUUUCGACAUUGAUGAAUUCAAUGAUCUCUAUGCCAAGGCCAAACCCACCCUGUACAUCAAGAUGUCUGAUAUCUUCUCGAUUCAUCAACUUGUGGCCUCGGAGAUCAACCAUAUGUGCCCCCACCCUGAUGACUUCCUCAAGGAACUCGUCCGAGAACUUGGCAAUGUCAAGAGUAACGAAAAUGCAUUGAUGGGCGUCAGCUCUACCGAGAUUAAUCUGACACUGAAUCCUAAAUUGGCUCAGCUUGAGGACCCCGAAGCAGACGUGAAGACCCUCUUCAUGGAGACUAAGCGCUGCAUUCUCUACAUCAUCCGAGUCCAGACCGGGGCUAACUUGAUGGAUAUCAUGCUCAAGUCACCGACACCCGAGGACGAUGAGCGGUGGCACAAUUUGGUUCGGGAAGAACUGAACACCGGCAGCCCUCGCCGCGGCGCCUAUUCUGAAGCCAAUAGCUUGAUUGACAUUGGCUCCAUGAGCUAUUCCGAGCUCAAGGGCAUUGCGCUCGAAAAUAUCCUUCGACUUGAACAGAGUGGCAAGAUUAAUCGCCACAACCAUUAUCAGGAUUUGCUGAACGCCAUCGCCAUCGAUAUCCGGACCAAACACCGCCGGAGAAUCCAGCGCGAACGCGAACUCGAGGGUGCUCGUCUGACCUCUCAGCGUCUCAGUGGCCAAGCUGUCUACCUGGACCAGCAGCUCAAGACCUACAACGACUAUAUCGAGCAGGCCAUGAUUACCUUACAGAACAAGAAGGGCAAGAAGCGGUUCCUGCUGCCGUUCACAAAACAAUGGGAUCAUCAAAGAGAACUGCACAAAACAGGCAAGGUUUUCAAGUUUGGAUCUUACAAAUACUCCGCCCGUACUCUGGCCGAUCGAGGGGUUCUCGUUGCUUGGAAGGGUUACUCUGAACGACAAUGGGAUCGGGUCGACUUGACCAUCUCAAGUAACGAAGUUGGUGUAUUCACCAUUGACGGGAGCAGUGGCGUCAUGAUGAUUCCUGGCGCCAAUGCACAGGUACCGCUGGACGACUUGCUGCAGGCUCAAUUCAACAACACGCAGUUCAUGGACUUUUUCGAGGGACAGAUGCGAGUCAAUGUUAACCUCUUCUUGCAUUUGAUCAUGAAGAAGUUCUAUAAUGAAUGA